AAGCAGGUCCAAGUUGUGGCGCAGGUGGUGGACAAUAAUGGAUGAAGGUCUUGCCAAUUGUUAAGAAGUUCUUUGUUCUCUUCUCUUUCAAGGGUCCAGUCAGGGCCGGAAAUCCGAGGAUGAGGGAGCGCGAGAGGAAGUACUCAUCCAAUCCGAGGGGCAGACGGCCGCUAAGGACAUAAGGAUUGAGCGCUUUUCAUCUCCGAUUAACACCCUGGGAGUUUCGUGUUCCUUUCUCGUCUCUUGAUUCCCGCUACCACACAUUGUCGGGUGACUUUCUCCAAUGGAUACCGUGACGACGUUACAUCAGGCCCAGCGGCCGAAACCAACCGCCAGCGGGGGGAUCUCGCCCUCCGUCACUUCCUUCCUGGGCUGGGUCGUCCUGCUGUCCGUCGUGCGGUUGCCAGCGGCGACGGCCGACUGCUGGCUCAUCGAGGGCGAGAAGGGCUUUGUGUGGUUGGCCAUCUGCAGCAUGAACCAGCCGCCCUACGAGGCCAUCCCGGCUCACAUCAACAGCACUAUCGUGGAUCUGAGGCUGAACGAGAACAAGAUCCGCUCCGUGCACUACUCUUCGCUCAGCCGCUUCGGCAACCUCACCUAUCUGAACCUCACCAAGAACGACAUCAGCUACGUGGAGGACGGAGCCUUCUCGGCGCAGUUCAACCUGCAGGUGAGCGUCGACUGAUGAACGAUGCCAAUGGCACUUUCUCAAAGUCACACACCAUUCUCUCUGCCUCCCCCAAGGUUCUCCAGAUGGGUUUCAACAAACUGAGGAACCUGACGGAGGGAAUGCUGCGAGGCCUGGGCAAGCUGCAGUACCUUUACUUGCAGGCCAACCUCAUCGAAACGGUCACGCCCAACACCUUCUGGGAGUGCCCCAACAUCGAGAACGUCGACCUAUCCAUGAACAGGAUCCAGGCGCUGGACGGUAGCUUGUUCUCAGGACUCUCCAAGCUUACCACCUGCGAGCUGUACACCAACCCCUUCAACUGCUCCUGCGAGCUUCUGCCGUUCCUGCGCUGGCUCGCCGCCUUUCCCAACCGGACCAGCGAACGCAUGGUCUGCGACGCCCCUCACGGCUUCUCCGGCUACAACUUGCUUAGUCCCAACCCCCGGGCGCCGGCCCAACGGAACGCGCUGCACGUGCUGGGCCUGGUGUGCACCGAGGACGGCAGCAAUUCCACCGCCUUCUACAUCAACGGUCUGCUGGACGCCACCACGCUGCCGCCGGACUUUUCCCCGUGCGGACUGGACGACUGCGCGUCGGGAACGCCCCCCGACGAGGUCAUCUACCACACCAUCUUCACCGAGAUCAACCCCGUCAUGACGCUGAAGCAGGUGCUGCACUCCACGGCGGUGAUCACGGUGGAGAUCCCGCACCCUUACCGGAAGAUGUACAUCCUGAUGCUGUACAACAACAGCUUCUUCACUGACAUCCAGAACCUGAAGUACCAGAGGGAGGAUAUCACACUGCCCAACCUGAAACCAAACACGGACUACACCUACUGCGUGGCCUCCAUACGCAACUCCCUACGUUUUAACCACACCUGUCUGACCAUCUCCACCGGUCGCGGAGCCAGAACGGAACGGGUCGCCAAUCAGUCGUCGGCCACCCACUACAUCAUGACCAUCCUGGGCUGCCUGUUUGGAAUGCUGCUCUUUCUCGGCUUGGUAGUCCACUGUCUGAGACGGAAGAGGAUCACAGAGGAGAAGGAGCGCAAGAUGAAUCGGAUCCAGAGGACCCUGAUAGAGCUCAAGUAUGGCGACGAAGGCGAUAUCGAGGGCGGAGAUGGCGGUGGCCCGGUUUCUCAGAAGCUACCCCCUGGCGGCGACGGUCUGUCAAGGAUGCCCUACCUGCCUCAGGGCACCGAGAUCGAUCCCUACCAGUUGCAGGAGGUGCUGGAGACACCUGCGCACAAGCCCGCCAAGCUCAACUACAUGGAGGUGAGAGGGUCCGCUGUGGAGAGGGAGCGGGAGAUGUCACCCCAAGCCAACCCUCAGGGUUCCGUGGCCGAGAUCUCCACCAUCGCCAAGGAAGUGGACAAGGUCAACCAAAUCAUCAACAACUGCAUCGACGCCCUCAAGUCCGAGUCCACUUCCUUCCAGCAGGGCAUCAAGUCCCCUACCUCAGCGGGCGGGGGGGCCGUAUCCACCGCCGAGCCGCAACUGGUGCUCCUCUCUGAGCAGCCGGGAGACCGAGGGGGCGAGUUUCUCUCCCCUGUCUACAAGGGCGGGCGAGGGGGCCAAGGCUACCAUCAUUCCUUGCAGCGGCACCAUAGCAUGGAAGCCCCUAGCACGUCCAAGAGGCCCAGCACCUCCUCGUCCCCUGGCUCGACCAGGAGUCCCCGUUCCUUCCACUCAGAGGGGGCCUACCACGCUUCAGAGAGUCGCUACAUCGAGAGGAGCUCGCCCAGCGACCGCGCCGUGGAGGAACCGGUCCGCGCGGUCAACCCGGCGGCGGCCAUCCUGCGCGCCGAGGCCCAGAGGAUCCGGCAGUAUCACGAGCACCGCCACUCGUACCCGGGCUCCCAGGAACUGCAGCGCCAUCCGCAGAUUUUGCAGGAACUCCACUACCAUCCCGGUGGACGCAAGCCCUCGGUCCUGGACCCGCUCACCCUCGGCCGACAGGCCAAGCAGAGAGAGCUGGCGUACUCCCAGCUGGCCCCGCACUACGCCCUGUCCCCCCAGUACCACAACCUCAGCUACUGCUCCAGCCCGGAAGAGGAUGAGGAGGAGGAAGAAGAAGAAGGGCUUCUGUGCACCCCCACGUUGGGCCUGUGGGAGCGCUUCAAGCUGCACCGCAAGAGGCACCGGCAGGCGUCCAUGGAGGACGAAGGCUACGUGGCGGCCGGCCACGCGCUGCGCCGAAAAGUUCAGUUUGCCAAGGAUGAGGAUCUGCACGAUAUUUUGGACUACUGGAAGGGGGUUUCGGCCCAGCAGAAGGCCUGAGCUGAGCUGGCACGACACUGUGGAAGACCUGUAAAUAGAAACGCCGCAUAACCAGGAACCCAAGAAUUAUUGAAAACAAGGAGUAGGAAAAAAUAAAUAAAAAUCAUAACUUAGAUUAUUUUUAAUCUAAUGGAACUCAUAGCUGAAACAUAUGUAGCUGUUUGUAUGUUUUCACAGAGGAAGGAGAAAAGCUUAACAUGGCAGCCUAGCCUACUUUUUUAGGAUCUUGUGUCUAGGGAACCAACAAGGACCGUUUUCCGAGAGACAUUUUAAAGGACUGGACACAAUUUUAGAAUGGGUUGCCAGGCAACGUUAGUGUCCCCUUCCCCCUGCAAGCCACUCAACUUUCUAUUGAUGCGUUUCCACAGGGAACAAAAAACAGGUACUACUUCUAGUACCUGGCUAGUACCAACUACCGGCCGGCACUAUCAAGUGGAUUCGUCAUUUGCCACGCCCAAAUUACGGCGCCCAGUUUGAGUCCCUGGUUUUCCUCUCUUCCGACUGCUGAGUUGGCUUUUCAGCACCUCAAAACUGCGCCAUCAGGAAGAUGUGGCGAGAAAGGGGCCAAAGUGAGCAGCGUAUAACGUGCCAAAUGUUCCUUCGGACUUGCCAAGCGGUUUUCUAUACAGAAUUUAAAGAUUUGAGAAAACAAAUAUGUUACUAUGAUUAUUAUUAUUGAUAUGGAUUGUUCUUAUCUUCUUACUGUUCCUAUGAUUAUAAUCGUCAAUUGUUUGAAUGUGGCAAAGGAUGGGAUGGAAGAGCGCCCCCUUCCUACCUGGAGGACUUCAACGGAGGAUACAAAACGGUUCUCGAACAUUCACUCUAUAUUUGCAACAGAUGUUUUUUGAAAUGUUUCAGACUUUUCUCCCAACACCGAGUUAGCUAGUUAGCUCAAGUUUUUUUGAUUUUAAAAAAAAACUUCAAAUGAAUGUCUUUAAUUCCCACAAAAUUUUAAAAAAAAAAGUGGGAAAAAAACUGCACUGUUCAAAAAUUCAAAAAAACUUUUGAAAGGGAAAAA